AUGAAUCCAGGACGUAGGGAACAAGGGCCUGCCGAAGCAUGGCUGCGUGGCUCCUCUGCAGCAGCACAGCAAGCUGUCCUUGGGACCUCCCUCCACGUCGGUGGCGGCGUAGACAUGAGCAACGCAGGGAUUGUCAUUGCCGUGCGGGAUACCGACGACAAUGUAUUUGGUGCGUUCGUCAAUGAGGCAUUGCACAUAUCACCUCACUAUUAUGGAAAUGGUGAGUGUUUCUUGUGGAAAACUGUGCAACGCCUUUUACCUGUGCCUCCCGAAGAGACAGAUGGAGAAGCCAGCGUGGAGGAUGAUCUUCACCCUGAUAAGGCUAUUGAAGUGUUUCGAUGGACAGGAAAAAACGAUUAUAUGGUACUAACGGAAUCUGACUUUUUAUCUGUGGGAGGCGGAGAUGGCCACUAUGGCUUAUGGUUUGAUGAUGCUCUCAACAAAGGUGUAUCAGCACAAUGCCCAGCAUUCGAUAAUCAAGUGUUGUGUAACGCACAAGAGAGUAAGGCAUUGCAUGCAGCGGAGGGUGGUGGAAAUGCGCCCCCUGUGGACUUGCUAGACGACUUGAUUGACAAACCACACACGCCGGAGCAAGGCAAGUUUCAAUGCUUGGGCGUCGAAGUAUGGGCUGUAGGGCUUGACUAG